CUAAGUGUGGACCACCACUUAUCUAAAUCACUUUAGACAGUUUGGCUGCAGAGAAACAUCAGACAUUGGUGCUGGGACUUCAUUCAGGUUUCAUCUGAAGAAUGACAGAGAACUACAUUAACGUCACCUUCCUGAAUGGCAGUAAUGAAUACAUCAAGGAUGAGUAUUUCGAAAAAGUCAAAUUCAUAAUGCACGUGGUAACGCGCAUCAUCAUCAGUAUCGGCCUUCCUCUGACACUUAUGACCAUCUAUGCUCUUUUCUCUCUGGUACGAAAGGAUCAUGUGGCUCCAAUCUACGUCAUCAACCUUCUUAUUUCUGACCUCAUUCAGCUCUGCUGCAUGCUCAUUCAUGAAACAAAACAACAUGAGUCUCAUACCAUUGUAUUUUAUUCUUACUAUUGUGGCCUACUGACCAGUGUUGGCUUCAUGGUGUGUGUCUCACUGGAAAGAUAUUUGAUCAUCGCCCACCCACUGUGGUACCGCUUCAAACGGACCAUCAAGAACUCUGUGGUGGUCAGUGUUGUAGUCUGGCUCAUACCUCCUGUCUUUUUCCUCACAGUGUUUCGCUGGUUUACUUUUGAUGUGGCAAGAAGCAUCUUCGCCAUUUUCCUAAUCCUUCCCUUCCCACUGUUCAUAUUCUUCCUGGUUGGGACCCUCAGAGCCCUCUCUGCUUCCGUCUCCGUCCCCUCUGAAGAAAAACAACGAAUUGUUGGAAUUUUGGUCCUGGUGCUGCUCAUUUACACACUGCUGUUCCUUCCAAUCACGAUUUUGUUCCUGAACAGGAACAGAUCUGACAGAACUCUGACUGACCUAGCUCUCAUGUUUGCUAAGCUGAGUCCUCUUGCAGACUUAAUUCUGUAUGUUUUCUUUAGGAAAGCGUCAAUUAGUAAGCUUUUUACCACUGUGAACUGUUGCAGAGUUGCCGACACUGACACCAACAUAUCAACAGUAUGAAUGUUGACAACAUUUUGACAGUAAGCUCGAUGGAGGAAGAGAGAAUGAGGAGAAAUCAGACCAAAAUCCACUCUCACUUUAGAACAAAUGUAUUUCUCACAAAACUUUAUUUGUUUAGCUAUGUUGUUAUUCUUGACAGUUAAAUACACUUUAUACUUUUCUUAACUUUCUAAUCUUCUGAUCAAUAAAAGCUUUACCUGUACAAUGAAGUGGUUAGCAUGUCAGCUUUUAGGAUGUGAGAGAAGGUCCUAUGUAUUGUAAAUUUGACAAAAUGAAAUAUUAUAUCACAGUCUUGCUCAUUACAUUUUAAUAAUACUAUGACAUACAA